UACACACACACACACACACACACACACGCACACGCACACGCUUGGCUUGUCACCGAUCGAGCUCCAUCGUCAGCUCAUCAUCAGUUCCAUCGCGCCCGCCGAUCACAGCUACCUAGCUAACCCAUCGUCAAGACGUACAGAUAUCGAUGGCGCCGACGACGAUGACCGUGCCGCCGCCGGCGAGGCCGCUAGCGGUGGCCGGGCACGUGCGGUCGGCGAGCGUGCCGUGCCACACGCACCCGCUGCUGGCGGACGUGGACGACCAGCUCCUGGCGCUGCGGUCAUGGACGUCCAACCCGGGGCCCAAGUACCCGCUAUCCCUGGCGCACGUCCGCGCGCUCCUCUGCGUGCUGGACGAGCUGCUGCGCCUCCCGCUGGCGCAGGCCGCGCUGUCCCGCGCCGCCGACUCCGACGACGGCCUGCUGGACGGCUUCCUCGUCCUGGCCGACGCCUUCGGCACGUUCCUGGCGGCGCUGGUGGCGCUGCGGCAGCACGCGGCCGAGCUCCGCGCCGCCGUGCGCAGGCGCGACGGCGCCAAGCUGGCCUCGGCCGCGCGCGAGCAGCGGCAGGCCGGGAGGGAGCUCGAGCAGCUCGCCAACGCCGUGGCUCGCGAGGCCGCCAGGUGCGCGCGCGGCCCUGCUGCUGCUGCCGCCGGCGGCAUGGGCGGUGAAACGCACGCGGAGGCGGCUGAGGUCGCCAGGGCCGUCGCCGAGGCUGUCAACGACACCGCGGCGGCGGCAGCGGCCGUGUUCCUCGAGGUCGGCUCCGUCGCUGACGCCGCGGCGGCGCUGGCGUCGCCGGCCUCGGCUUCGACCAAGAAGAGCCGGCUCCCGCCGCUGUCCAGGACGAGCAAGCAGAGGACGACGGUGAUGGGUGACGGCGGCGAGGAGCGGCGGGAGGGUGCGGCGCUGGAGAAGCUGCAGGAGCUGGAGCAGUGCGUGAGGGAGCUGGAGAGCGAGAGCGAGAAGGUGUUCAGGAGCCUUGUGCAGACCAGGGUUUCCUUGCUCAACAUUCACACGCCAAUGUUUUUUUAGUUGCACCUUAAUUACUUAGCUUGGUGUGAAUUAAGCUUGACAUGAUACACUACCUGAACAAAAACCAAAUAAAGUUGUACAAUUAUUUAGAAGAGGUUAUUUUUUUGGGCUGCGAUCAUCAGUGUUCAUGCACGAGCCAAUGCAAUACGUGCUUGUACUGUAUGUGAUUACAGCGGUAAGAGAAUAGUAAGAUUGGGUUAUUUUUUUGGGCAAAAUAAAGAGUAUUCAUCAGUACUGAUUCAAGAUACUAUCUCAUGUAUAUGUACUUGAAUGUAGGUCGUUUUAAUUUAAAUACCUACACCAACACAAUUUCGUUAAAUUCACCCUA